GGCUUCCGUAGACAUUUCCUUCCGUUCUCCAGUAGUCUGCGGCUCUGCCAUCUGUGGUGAGAAGUAUCCGUGGGCAGCUAAAUCAAAGCCAUGGAGCAGAUCAAUAAUAUUAAAGUGGUUCCGUGCACCAGCUCUAACUAUCUGAAACCGUUUAGGGUGCAUUAUAACCAGAAUGGGACAAAGAAGUCCUGGGACUUUAUGCAAACCCAUGAUAGUGUCUCUGUGCUGAUUUUCAACACAACCUCACACUGUUUCAUCCUGGUCAAGCAGUUCCGCCCAGCUGUAUACAUGAGUGAAUGGGAGCGAAGCAAAGCAAAUCCCCUGCAGCCUGCGGAGGAAGAGUCUGCAGAAGCCGCCCCAGCAGAACCUAAAGUACCAGAAGAGGACAAAGCAGGGGAGACGAGCGAAGAGACGUCAAGCCACCAACCUCCUGCUUCGGCCGGCGUGACCUACGAGCUGUGCGCAGGGUUAGUGGACAAACCCGACCUCUCCUUGGAAGAGAUUGCCAGACAGGAAGUGCUGGAAGAGUGUGGCUAUGAUGUGCCAGUCACCAAACUGAGGAAGAUCACAUCAUACAGGUCAGGAGUUGGAGUGACUGGCUCGAAGCAGACCAUGUUCUAUGUGGAGGUGUCUGAGGAGAAUCGUGUCGGAGAGGGAGGAGGUAAACCCCAAGAGGGCGAAUUGAUCGAGGUGGUCAAAGUUCCCCUUCUGGAAGCCAUGACCUUUGCCUUUGAUGAGAGCAUCCCUAAAACGAUGGGUGUCAUUUUCAGCUUCAUGUGGUUCCACAGCAACAUGUCACCGAAGUACAAGAUCUCCACCAACGUGUAACAUAAUGGUUCCAAGCCAUCCAGAAAUACAAGUCAUUGCAUACAUUUUUAUAUAUAGUAAUCAAAAUGGUCACUAACUGUUAAUUAUUUUGUUAUUUCUUACACUUUUAUCUGUUUGUUGUGGUUCUAGCUAUUGUCUUAAGCAGCACUUGUGUGCCAUCCGCUGAAGAGGUUCAUUGUGAGUUUGUUUCGUGUAACCGAAUGCUUUGUUUUUAACAUGUCAGGAAUUUCAGCCAGCCAUUUGAAAUCACACCCCAGCCCUUAAAGACUUUGUAAUGAUGAUCUAUUCCACUCUGAUUUGAGAGGGUAAGAUCUGAAAGACUGUGUUGAUAUCAACAGAGAAAGAAUCUCAGACCCGGAUCAUUCGUGAUUGAAGCUGUUCUUUGGGGUCAGAAAGUGAGACCUCUAGCCAUAUUCCCACCAGUUUUGCUGUCAGGCCGGUCAGUAGAAUAACAUUAAUUUUUUUAAAUAUAAAUAAGCAAGUAAAUAAUCACAAUAAUUCAUGUAAAUUAUGUGACCAACACACAGGCAGCUAUACAAAUGAGAGAACUUGAGAGCCACUUCUUAGAAAACAAUCAUUGACAAAGAAAAACAAUUACGCUGUUGCAUUUAUCUCAGGUCCAAAGCUGACUUUGGGACAUUCAGGGUUAGUGAUGAUGCUGAAAAAUACUGAGGUGUUUUUUUUUUUUUAUUUACAUUUUUUGUUUGUUUAUUGCUGCUUAGCAUUAAGUUGAUAUUCUGAGUAUUUUGCACAGAAUUUAUUCAUGAAAUAUCUACUACAAAAACCUAAAGUGUGAGUACAGUGCUAGUGCUACAGGUUUAACGCUGCUUUAUCAUAAUCAUCAUAACUCUAACAUUGUUCUGAAUUCUUUCAGAACUUAUGGAAUAGAAUAUAUUAGGGGUGCAUGAGCUUGUCUGCUGAAAAAUGUAUAUUUUCAAAUACCAUAUAUUGUCAGAGGACUGGUACCUCCUGAAGUCACAUCAGCAAAGCACACUGACUUUCUGAAAUCCAUUGAAUAUGAUACUUGAAAUAAUUUAUAUUACACUAGCAGUUUACUGUAUGAAUAUAUAGAGUGAUGACUAUAAAUGCUUGAUUAUAAUCAAUAUCCCCUUAAUAUUUUCCAUCAUACCUCGAAGAUUUGAGAGGCUGCUUGUAAUUUCAGUUGCAAAGAUUUUAUCAAAGUGAGCUGAAGCUUUCUGAAUCCGAUUGUCACUCUGUUGUAGGUCAGUUCAGAUUGUCUUAUGCACAAAGCAUUUCCUAGCUUAAUUUCAAUCAAUUGAUUAAUCAGUCAGUUGUUUUUCCUAAAUCUUGUUGGAUUAAUACUUUUGUGAAGGCACAAACAUUUAUUAAUACUAUCUUUGUUUUUGUCAUGAGUAUUAUCAGUCAUGUUAAAUUAACAGUAUUACCAGCUGAUUUGAACUUAUUGUAAAGAAUUUCCUCUGUCCUAUCACUGUACUCUGUAGUUUAUAUUCUAUUGUGAUUGUUUAUCAGCUUAAUCAAUACUUAUGGUCAGUGUGCUAAUUCACAAGUUACUAUGGUCAUAUUGUUGUGGAAAAAGAUGAACAGGUUUGGUCCACAAUAGGAGUGUUUUUAAACUUCAAGCACUCCUUUUAAAGUAUGCAAAUUAUUAGAAUUAUGCAUUUGUUUUGGAAGCAUUAUUUCAUAUCACAAUGCCUCAGAUAUGAUUUCCUCAUUUUCUUAAUCUCUUCUUAAAUUUUUUUUUUUAAACUUGUUUGAGUGUUUUGUAUGUUUAUAUCAGGAUAGGGCUCAAUUUCUUUUCAAAAUUAAGAAAUUGUUGAUUUAUUGUCAUGUGCCACUUUUACUAAUGCUUGAUUUUUAAACUUGCUGAUCAUUUUCAUGUAUGGCACCUCAAAUAUAUAUAUAUAUAUAUAUAUAUAUAUAUAUAUAUAUAUAUAUAUAUAUAUAUAUAUAUAUAUAUAUAUAUAUAUAUUUCAAAAAUUAAAUACUGCAUGUGCACUCUGUAUUACAUUGAUCUGCAUUAAAUUUAAAUUAAUAAAAAGGUUACUGCCUUAGGUCAUGGAGUUUCUCUUUGUGUCAGUUUCAGUAGGUAUCCAUGCAAAAUUAUUAUACAUAUGCAAAAUUUUAAGUGAUGUAAUGACUGAUUUGCUUAAUGAAA